GGUUCCGUGCCGCUCACGCGGGAAAGGUGUCAGCUCUCCGGCGUGAUACAUGCUGUGUUUAUUAUUUGUUUGUAAAAGAAGAGUCGGCUGUGGAUUAGUACAGAGUACUAAAAAAGAGAGUCAAAGUGCUAAGUGUUCUGCGCCGGCAGCCUUUGUGAGCCAGAAAUGGGGGACACAUUGGAGUUUAACGACAUUUAUCAAGAGGUGAAAGGCUCCUGGAACGAUGGUCGUUUGAGACUCAGCAAGCAGGCUGUUGUGUUUAAGAGCAACAAGACUGGCAAAGUUGACAACAUUCAGUCGGCUGAUCUUUCUGAAUGCCUUUGGCGCAGAGUAGCCCUCGGCUAUGGGAUCAGACUACAAACCAAGGCUGGUCAUGUUUACAAAUAUGAUGGCUUCAGGGAGGUGGACUUUGAGAAGAUGGCAGAGUAUUUCAAGUCCAAUUAUCGGGUCACUCUUACUGAGAAGGACUUAUGUGUCAAGGGUUGGAACUGGGGUACAGCACGUUUUGGAGGACAACUUCUGUCUUUUGAUAUAAAUGACCAGCCAGCCUUUGAAGUACCCCUUACAAAUGUCUCUCAGUGCACUACUGGAAAGAAUGAAGUAACGCUGGAAUUCCAUCAGACUGAUGAUACAGAGGUCUCCCUGAUGGAGGUUCGCUUCUAUGUACCACCGUCUUCAACGGAUGACGGCAUAGACCCAGUGGAGGCAUUUGCACAGAAUGUUCUCUCCAAAGCUGAUGUUAUUCAGGCCACCGGUGAUGCUGUAUGCAUCUUCCGAGAACUGCAGUGCCUCACUCCGAGAGGACGCUAUGAUAUUCGAAUCUAUCCUACUUUUCUCCACCUACAUGGGAAGACAUUUGAUUAUAAGAUCCCAUACACCACUGUACUUCGGCUAUUUUUGCUCCCACAUAAGGAUCAACGGCAGAUGUUCUUUGUUAUAAGCCUGGAUCCACCAAUAAAGCAAGGACAAACUCGCUAUCAUUUUUUAAUUCUGCUCUUCUCAAAGGACGAAGACAUCUCUCUAACUCUAAACAUGAACGAGGAGGAUGUGGAGAAAAAAUUUGAGGGCAAGCUGACCAAAAACAUGUCUGGCUCUCUGUAUGAGAUGGUCAGUAGGGUAAUGAAAGCUUUAGUCAACAGGAAAAUAACAGUUCCAGGCAACUUCCAGGGGCAUUCUGGGGCCCAGUGUAUCACCUGUUCUUAUAAAGCCAGCUCAGGACUUCUUUAUCCACUAGAGCGAGGUUUCAUCUAUGUCCAUAAGCCUCCAGUUCAUAUUCGAUUUGAUGAGAUCUCCUGUGUAAAUUUUGCUCGUGGUACAACAACAACAAGAUCCUUUGAUUUUGAGAUUGAAACAAAGCAGGGUAACCAGUAUACCUUCAGCAGUAUUGAAAGGGAAGAAUAUGGCAAGCUGUUUGACUUUGUAAACAGUAAGAAGCUGAAUAUUAAGAAUAGAGGACUUAAAGAGGGAAUUAAGGGUAAUGACAAUGCCUAUUCAGAUUCUGAUGAAGAUCAGCAUGAUGCUUACCUAGAGAGGAUGAAGGAGGAAGGAAAGAUACGGGAGGAGGCAGCGAAUGACAGCAGUGAUGAAUCUGGUAAUGAGACUGAUGAAUCUUUUAACCCAGGAGAGGAAGAUGAUGAUGUUGCUGAAGAAUACGACAGCAAUGCAACAGGGAGCGAUUCCAGUGCUGAGGAAGGAGAUAGUGAUGAUAACAAGAAGAAACCACCAAAAAAAGCUAAAGUAGUAAAGGAAAAACCAGAAAAAAAAUCACACAAGAAAGCUGAGGGUAAAAAAGGAAAGGAUCCUGGUGCUCCCAAGAGGCCAAUGAGUGCCUACAUGUUGUGGCUGAAUGCAAACCGGGAAAAGAUCAAGUCUGACUUCCCAGGAAUCAGUGUAACAGAGAUUUCCAAGAAAGCUGGAGAAAUGUGGAAGGGAAUGAGUAAAGAGAAGAAGGAGGAUUGGGACAGAAAGGCUGAAGAAGCCAAGAAAGAUUAUGAGAAAGCAAUGAAAGAUUACAAGGAAUCAGGAGGAGGUUCUGCUUCUGCCUCUUCUAAAAAAGAGAGUAAAAAACAGAGCAAAGGAAAAGGAGACAAUAAAAAGGCAAAGCCGCCUUCUAAAAGUCCAGUGAAGGUGCCAGCUUCUGUCGGUAAUGAGAGCUUCAAGAGUAAAGAGUUCGUAUCGAGUGAUGAGAGUUCUUCAGAUUCAGAAAAGGACAAAAAGAGUGAGGGUUCAGAGGAAGAGGAAGUGGCUACCACACCACCAAGCUCUGAAGAAUCAGGCUCAGAUGAGGAAUGAGUAAAAACAAUAAUAUAGUCUCCAGUUUCACCCAUCAGAUAGCCAUCUGCUGCUAACUCACAUAAAAAAAGAAA